AUGGCGCCCUUCAAGUUCAAUUUCGACCUCGGUCACCGCACUUGCGACAGCCGCGCUGCGGACGCUCCUUCCGUGCCCGCGCCUUUGCGAGACCUGCCGCCUGCUCGGGAAGAGUUUCCCCGACAGCCGCGCUGCAGCGUGGACCAAGUGCAGAUAUCACCCGAGGUGUUCUUGCUCAAGGGCAAUGUUACCUCGGAGGCCGCGUCAGUCCUGACGGACUGCCAGGAAAUCGCCCGCAGCGACCUUGUUCCCGGCGUGUAUGAGGGGGGUUUCAAGCUGUGGGAAGGUGCCACCGACUUGUGCAAGUACCUGUGCGAGGAAUGGCAAUAUGGAUGUGAACUAAUGGAUACACAAGAGGAGUUUUCCCAGCCAUUGAAGGGCAAGCUGGUUCUGGAACUGGGCUGCGGACAUGGCUUGCCAGGGACCGUUGCACUCUUGGCAGGUGCUGAGGUGCAUUUCCAGGACUUCAAUUCGGAGGUGCUGCAUGCGCUCACGUCGGUGACUGUUGCUGCAAACCAAGGAACUCUACCAGAAAGUAGCCAGAGGGCAAAGGUCAGAUAUUUCUCUGGCGAUUUCAGACAGAUUCCAGAGAAGCUGAUCAAAGAAGGCCUUGGGGGUAAAUAUGACAUCAUAUUGACAUCAGAAACACUGUACUGCGAGGACACUCAGUACCCACUGAUGGAGGCCAUCAGACAAUGUUUGAAGCCGUCAGGAGGGAUUGCAUACAUUGCCUCAAAAACACACUAUUUUGGAGUUGGUGGAGGCACUGGAAGGUUCAAAGAAAUGGUUGAAAACAGUGGUGUUAUGGAGUGCAAAACAGUGUGGAAAGCUAGCGACGGUGUCUCCAAUCAACGAGAGAUCUUGACGCUGACAUUCCCUGGUGGCAGCCUCCCUGGUGGUGGCUAA